AUGGGCGACUAUGGGCCAGACGUGUCCUUACCCAAGGCACAAAUCCCGACCAAUCCUCCUCGGUAUGCCGCAGAACCUGAUGAGAUAUCGGUCUUGGUUACUGGUUUCGGACCUUUCAAAACCAACCUAGUCAAUGCCUCGUACUUAAUUGCAUCGUCCCUGCCGCCAUCAUUUGAAUUAUCCACAACGGAUGCAACGGGGUCUGUGUCCCGGCGGGUUGCAAUCCACGCCCAUCCCGAGCCGAUCCCCGUGGCCUAUUCAACAGUGCGCGAGUCCAUCCCGGUCAUACUCGAGGACUACGUUAAGUGCCACGGGGGCCGUCGGCCAGACAUCGUGAUGCAUAUGGGUAUAGCGGCCAUGAGGAACUUCUACUCGGUCGAGACACAGGCCCGUCGGGACGCCUACCACAUGUCCGAUAUCAAAGGCAAAGGCGGCUACGAGGAUGGCGAAAAGCUGUGGCGCGAACUAGGCUUGCCUGCGGUGCUGCAAGCUGGACCUGCAACGAACCCCAAACCAACUUCUGCAGAACCAAUCCCACCAUCACCAACGGAGGAUCCCCUCCAGGUACAACGUCCUUCCUUGACCCCUCGCCAGCCUAACGACGAUCUUCUCGGGCUAUGGAAAUCCUUCGUUCCCGCGGGAACCGACGUUCGCAUCUCAGAUGACGCGGGACGUUAUUUGUGCGAAUUUAUCUACUAUACCAGCAUGGCCCAUGCUUUUCGGGAAGGGCAGGAUCGCAAUGUCGUGUUCUUUCACGUCCCUGCGGCUUGCGGCGAUGACGCCAUUCGAGAAGGCAAGGAGGCGGCAAUUGCUCUGAUCAAGGGGUUGGUCAUGCAUUGGACUGGCCGGAAGAGUGAAUGA